GUAAAAAUUUUAUCAAUCAAAAUGACACAUGCUGAUAUUUUGAUUAGAAAUGGACGAAUUAUUGAUCCGGCCAAUGGAUUAGACUUUACUGGAAGCGUAGCAGUUUCGAACGGUGUAAUUCAAGCUGUGGGAGCAGAUCUUAAUAAUAUACAAGCCAUAAACGAAUUUGACGCAACGGAUUGUUUAAUAACCCCUGGAUUAAUCGACUGUCACGUCCAUUGCUACGAACAUGCGACUCCUCUCGGGAUUAACCCGGAUAAAUCAUGUCUGUCAAGAGGAGUGACUACGGUUGUAGAUGCAGGAAGUUCUGGAGAAUCGACUUUUCCUGGUUUGAGAAAAUUCAUAGCAGAAAAAAGCCACACACGAGUGUUAUGUUUUCUUCACAUAGUUCAGCAUGGUUUAGCUUCUUCUGGGUGUGCUGCUGGAGUUUCAGGCGGAGAAAUCGACUCUUUAAAUCAAGUUAACGUUGACGCAUGCGUAAAAUGUAUUGAAACUAACAGAGACAUGAUAGUUGGUGUAAAAGUGCGACUUUCUGAAACUAUAUCUAAUGGUGGACAAAAUGAAGAAGAGGCAUUCAGGAGAUCGUUGGAAGCAUCAACACGAGUUAGACUUCCACUCAUGGUUCACCAUACCAUAUCGACAAUACCAACACAGUCAGAUGAAACUUCAUCCAUAAUGUGCUGCCCGCGUGAUCUGCGUCCUGGUGACAUCUAUACGCACACAUUUAUUGGACACAAAAGUACUAUUAUAGAUGCCUCCACGAAAUCCAUUUAUCCAGAUGUAAUCGCAGCAAAACAAAGAGGAGUUCUUUUUGACGUCGGUCAUGGUCAAAAAGCUUUUAGUUGGCCUGUUGCCGAAAUUUGUGCGAAAUCAGGAUUUUGGCCAGAUAUAAUUGGGAGUGAUUUACACACAGGAAACCAUGAAGGUCCAGUAUAUGAUCUCCCAACAAUUAUGUCUAAGUUUUUACACAUUGGCAUGCCUAUAACAGAAAUAAUAAAAGCAGCCACCUUAACGCCAGCACGUGCAAUUAAAUGGCAAAAUGUCAUUGGAAGUCUAACUUCUGGUAAAUCAGCUGACAUCACAGUUUUGAAAAUUAUAGAUGUUGACCAUGACCUGGAAGAUGGUAGAUCUCAAAUCAGACGAAUUAAGAAGGUUAUUAUACCUAUUGCUGUUUGGAAAGAUGGAAAACAAUUUCAGAUAACGAAGCCCCGUGUUUUUCCAAAUCCCCAACUUCUAGAUCGAAAUGCUCAAACGAUGAACAAUGACAUAAUUCGCGAUGUAAUAUCGCUUUAGAGCUGACAUUUUAAUAUCAAACCAUUUAUGACUGUAUCGAAUGGAAGUGGAACAUAGUGUUUAUUUAAAAUUUACUGCAAUAAUUAUGUUCUUUGUAAUUCAAGUAAAGGUUUUCAAUUCUUUAUUUUGACAUGACGAUUGUGUUAAUAAAAUACAGUCAAAUGUA